AUGGGUCAAUUCGACUGGUUCCGAUCCAUUGGCGCCACGCCCGAGGCUGUCGCCGUACUGAACGAUCAGCCCAUUCUCUUUACCAUCCUCCUGAUCGUCCUCUUCGCCCUCAUCCUGCAAGGUGUUCUCCUCUGGUACAUCCACUUCGCGACAUUGAAGCCUGAACAGCAGAAGAAGAAGGAGCCCAAGAAGGGUGGCAAGGGCGGAAAGAAGUAG